CCGGCGGUCCUUGCAGAACAAACCAAAACAACAAAGACGAUGAUGGCGUGGUCCAUGCUGUUUGGUGUUGUUGUGGCAGCGUUGGCUGUUGCUGUUGCUGCUGCUGUUGAUGCCACUGGCAGCGUGGAGCAGAUUCACCUGUCACUGACGGGCAUGACGACGGAAAUGGCAGUGGACUUUGUGAGCACAAACAGCAGCACGUGCAACGUGCUGUAUCGCCCACAGGGCAGCUCCGAUCCCUAUUCGCACGCAGCGUCCACUGUUGGAUGGCACUUUUCGGAGAUUGGCUUCCUGCACCAGGCAACCAUGAAGAACCUCAAGCACAACACUCGCUACCAGUAUCACAUCCAAUGCGCUGACGGCAGCUCCUCCCAGACAAUGUCGUUCGUCAACGCACCCCAGCGGGAGGGCGGCUUGAAGGUGGCGUUCCUCGCGGACUUUGGCCUGAAGAAUGAUGUGUCCAUUAAAUCACUGCUGAACGCAUCAGCCCACAACGAAUUUGACUUUCUCAUCCUCGGCGGCGACUUUGCAUAUGACCUCAUGGCGAAUCACAGUCAAAUUGGCAACGCUUUCAUGAACACACUGCAGCCCCUCACAAGCAGCAUGCCUUUCAUGCCAGCGCCCGGCAACCAUGAGAAGAAGGACAACUUCACGCAGUACUACCGGCGAUUUGAGGCCGUGGCCAAGAACGCGGGCGCACACAGCGGCACCAACUCGUCGUUCUUCUACUCGUGGGACACGGACAACGUCCACUUUGUGGCCAUCGACACGGAGGUCUAUGUGUUCUACAACGAGACGCAGCACUCGCCGCACCCGUUCACCGCCGAGCAGCAGCUCGCCUGGCUGGAGGACGACCUCGCACGUGCACACGCCAACCGGGACAACGUACCCUGGAUCGUCAUGUUCGGCCACAAGGGAUGGUACAUGGACUUUGAGCCAGACACACACCACGGCCUGCAGCCAAAGCCCGUCACCAACUUUACCGGGUUUGAUGCCCUCGCCAACAAGUACCAGGUUGAUCUGUUCCUCGGCGGCCACGUGCACAUCUACCAGCGCUUCUUCCCUCUCCUCGGGCUGACACCUGGACUCCAAUACGCAAAACCCCGCGAUAUCGACAAGGCAUGCGCUGCCGACGACAACCACACCUACCGCAACCCCAAAUAUAUGACGACUCUCAUCGCUGGGUCGCCCGGUGACCAGGAAACGACGCUUGAAGGCAUGUGUCUUGGGGACGAGGUGGUGGAGCCAAACAUUCGCGGGACCAUGGCUGAGUGCCAGCCAAACUACGGCUACGGCAUCAUGACCUUUCCCAACCGCACCCACAUGCACUGGGAGUGGCUGGAGGUGAAGCACGGUGACCUGCUCGCUGGUGGCGAUGGCGACGGUGUGGAUGUGCAGCGCACGCGCAACGACCACCUCUGGCUCAUUCGCGACCACUGAACAGAGUGAGGCGGACAACGCAGGGGUGAUGGCGGCUGCAGGCGUUGUUUCAUGUGUUACAUUACAGUCAUCACAGUGGCUUCACGUGCGUCGUAUUGUGUGUUGCAUGGGAAGUUUUUUAAUGUUCUUGGUGUUCUUGUUUGUAUGUUGUUGUGGGUGUGUGACAUGCGAUUUCUCCUCCAUGUGUUGGUGGAGUGGACUGAAGAGUACGUAAGUCAUGAAGGAGUGACAGAUGAAUAAGGAAGAAGCACGAGG